AUGCUUCUCAAGGGAUCUGAGUGCAGCAUCUAUGGGGAAAGAAUCAAGAAGUCUUUGGCAUUUGUCCAAUACCUCUUUUGCAGCUUAAGCUUUAAGGGAAACAUUCCCUUGUUGGGGCCUGUUAAUUUUCUUGAAUUCUUGCUUGAGCAGCUUCAAUUUAUGAGAAACUUGAAAUUGUGUGCAGGGUUGAAACUGCAUGGAGAGACUAAUGCUCUUUUCUUGGUGGAAGAAGCUUGGAAAAUGGAUCUGGAUUCAGAUAGUUCGUCGUAUAGUGAUGAUGACAGUGGAGCAGAUACUGGUGGCAGAAGCAAGAUAGCUGAAAACCAAGCUUGA